CAAUAAUGACGACACAACUAUAGAUCUCACAAUUAUAUUUAUAUAUGAUGAGGCAAAGAAUAAACGGAAGAUGUCAUUGUCUUGACACCUGAUUUGAACGAGCCAUAUUGUCUCAAUUGUUGCCGCUAUUAAUUUCCUCUAACUUCUUGCAGACGCAAGUCUCAAGCUAUCGUGAUAGAAACGAUUUAGUACACAGCUAUCCAAUUAGAGGUUCCACUAUGUCGGGUCAAUUGCAUGACAGCAUUAUUCACGCUUCUCAUAUCAUCACUUCUCCUUUUCGAUCAAGUACCCAUGAGAAGGAUUCAAGUACACCGGAAAAAGGGAAGUCAACACAACGUACCGAAGCGAAGAAGCAAGAGAAGCUCGAAAAAUCCGAGCGUCGUCAGCAGGAACGGGAAGAAGUUGAGGGACGUCGUCAACGAGAAGAUGAAGAAGCAGAACAGGAAGAGGACGAGGAAACCAAGGCACGAUAUGGCGAAAACGUUCAUCCUUACGAAUUAUGUUCUCUAGAACAGAUCGUUGGCUUACCUGUCGGGUCUGAGGUCAACUUCCGUGCUAGAAUACACACUCAGAGGCGCUUAUCCCAUGCUCUAGAUUUCUUGCUAUUUCGCAACCAGACGGAUUCUAUCCAAGGGGUACUUACCCGCGCCUCGCCGUAUAUGAUACGAUGGGUUCAACGGCUUCACCCCGAAUCUCUGGUACAUGUUAUUGGAACCUUGCAGAAGCCGAAGGAUCCUGUUGUAUCGGCAACGAUUUCAGACAUAGAGGUCCUGGUAUACUCUAUACAUCUCGUCAACCCUGCAAAUGAGUUACCAUUCGACAACUAUGAGCCACCUGAAGCACUUCGUCAGCGUCUGUCCGGAAGGAUUGUAGAUAUCCGUCACCCAAGCAACCAAGCCAUAUUUCGGGUCCGCUCUAUGGUUGUUCGGAAGUUUCGUGAGGCCUUAGACGACAAAGAUUUUCUAGAGAUCCAGACACCGAAGUUACAACCUGCGGCGACCGAAAGUGGUGCAGAGGUUUUCAAAGUACAAUAUUUCGGCCGCACGGCGUUCUUAGCACAGAGUCCGCAAUUAGCAAAACAGAUGGCUAUAUCGGGCGACUUUAAGAAAGUCUAUGAAAUCGGCCCCGUAUUUCGGGCAGAGAAUUCGAAUACUCAUAGACACUUGACUGAGUAUACUGGGCUUGAUAUUGAGAUGUCACUAAGAGAUUCAUACAAGGAAUUAAUCGAGACAAUCGAUGAAGUUCUUAAGGCCAUUUUUGCGGCGGUUCAAUCUAUGCCUGAACUCAAGAAUGUCCGGGAACGGUGGCCUAGUAAAGAUUUCGUGUGGUUAGAUGAAACUCCGAUAAUUCCCUUCUCCAAGGGGAUCCGAAUACUACGAGAAGAUGGUAGAGAAGUCGAGGAAGAGGAUUUGUCUACACGGGAUGAAAUGCGCCUUGGUGAACUUAUCAAGGAAAAAUACCAUACCGAUUAUUACAUUUUGGAUAAGUUCCCGGCCAAUGCCAGGCCGUUCUAUACGCACAAGGCCGAGGAUCCUAAAUGGACGAACUCAUUCGACAUUUUUCUACGUGGGCAGGAAAUUUGUACUGGCGGCCAGCGUAUCCAUGAUGCUAAAAAGCUCCGUGCAAGUAUGGCCGAGGCAAAGAUCAGUGAGCAGGGGAUGGAAGAAUAUCUCGCCGCCUUCGACCUUGGACCACCGCCUCACGGCGGGGCUGGCUUAGGUUUGGAGCGCAUCGUCAUGCUUCUCCUCGAACUAGAUGAUGUGAGAAACGCAUCUCUAUUCCCACGAGACCCGAAGUCCCUACCAGCCCGUCCACCGGGUAUCCCUCAUCCCGAUGCGGACACAAUGGCACCGCGAAGCUCGAAAGAUGAAUACCAUUCCCUGGAAAACUUGAUCGCCAAUUACGGCGACGCAACGAACACAUCUUGGCUCGACGACCGAUUCGAAAUCUGGCGUCACCGGACCGGAGCUGCGGUCGGUUUCGUCAGACAAGACGGGAAGUUCGCUAUGAUUGCUGGUGAUCCACUCUGUGACAUGAGACAGUAUCGCGAAGUCAUCCCCGCCUUCGUGAACUACGUGCGUAAAGAUCUACGUUUAACGCCCGUCUGGAUGCUAGUCUCAGAAGAAGUCCAACGAGUCCUUGGCGAGAAAAUAGGUUGGAGAACACUUAGUUGCGCCGAAGAACAACGCGUCGACGCUGAUAAGCAUCAACACCCCGGCCAAACCCGGGACGCACGCCGCGCCCAGCGCGAGGGCAUUAUGAUUCAUGAAGUCGUCGAGCCGGAUGAUAACUUCAUCCAACGCACCGACUCUGCAAUUCAGAAUUGGCAAUCCGCGCGUAAAGGGCAAGGGACACAAGUCCACCUCACAGAUGUCCGACCAUGGGUCGACCGACGGCAUAGAAGGUACUUCGCCGCCGAAAAAGACAGUCAAGUACUCGCCCUCGUAGUCCUGGCCCAACUUGCGCCGCGCCAUGGAUGGCAGGUCAAAUGGGCGCUUGACUUUCCCGAUGCCCCGAACGGAACUAUCGAAGUCUUAGUCGAGACCGCAUUAUCAGUGCUCUCCGGGCCUGUUACUUUUGGGGCAGGCGUUGCGGAGAGAUUGAAGCCUGAGGCAAGGCUUGGUGGAGUGAGAGCUAAGUUUUUGGCGAAUACGUUUAAUGUUAUUGUGAGGAAUUUGAAGCUCGGCGGAAAGGCGCAGUUUCGGGAGAAGUUUGGUGUGCUGGGUGAGGAGGUGUAUAUUUGUUAUCCCCGAAGGGGAUUGGGGGUGUUGGAUUUGCAGCAGAUUGUUAAGUUCUUUGAGGGGUGAGGGGUGAGGAUGUGUGUGUGCUGUGCAGGAGUUGAAGUGAAUUCCUGUGACGGGAUCUUAAUGGUACGAUUGUUGAGCCUCAAGGAACUCUCUUCGGAAUUGAGUUGGGGGUCUCGUGUUAGUCCCGUGCAAGUCUCAUGUAUUUGGAUCAGCUAGCCCCCGUGGCACUCAAUCAUGUACGCCCUUUCGUCAACUGUGGAUUAAUUUGGGGGUCUUGUUAUAAUUGCUUUUCUCGAUGUUGAUUUGUUGUGGACGUUGAAGUCCUCAACGUACAGUGCAAGACACGCUGACAUCAGCUAUACUCCAUCUUUCUACUUAAUUAUUCCUCCAAUUACCUAUCUAGGUAGGUAUUAUAAGGUGGCUUGUAGUUAAUCUCGUCUAUAUCUAACUCGAAUGCACAUGUUCCUAUAGGGCUGUGACUCAACCGCAGGUACGAAAUCCUGGGAUCUUUCCCGAAGCCGCUUUUCCGUGAAGUGGAUCAUUCAUUU